GUCUGGUACAAUGCCAUGCUGCUCCUAUGACUUGGCGUUCUUACUUCCUGCAUGACACUAAGGUGGCUGCCCAAGAAAUAAAUAGAGGAGUGCUGAGGUCUCAACUCCAGAAAGUUCCCUGAUCUCCAUCUCGUAUCAAAGACCAACCCAGGGCUGCCUCAACAUGAAGCUGGCAGUGGUCUUCAUGCUGGCCGCCAUCCCCAUUUGCUGCUAUGCCAGUGGUUCUUCUGGCUGCAGCAUGUUGGAUAAUAUUAUUGAAAGAACAAUUGACCCAUCUGUUUCUGUGGUUGAUUAUCAUGCCACCAUAAAAGAAGCUGUAACUUUUCCCUAUUAUAAAGAGGCUGUGACCAAGUUCAAACAGUGUUUCCUGGACCAGAGUGAAGAGACUCUGAAAAAUGUGCAAGUGAUGGUGGAAGCAAUAUACAACAGUGAAGACUGCCCAGAGGAGGCCUGAACGGCCUUGAGAUCUUUGGCUCACAGGAUUGAUGGUCACAGGCCA